UUCACAUUAGAGAGAGAGAGAGAGAGAGAGAGACGUAGUUCUCAGGCUCAGAGGCAGUGCCGGAGUCUAUCACCAGGCUGUGAGUCUGCCUGAGGAGUCCUUCCUCACCCCGUGCCCGACCAGCUGUGUGGAGGCCGUACCGCCGGCCGUUGCUAGGGGCAACCUCCUCCAUAGACGGGAACCGUUUGUUUACCGCGGCUGGAUUAUCGCCUGGGCGAAGGACACGCAGACACACAACCUGCAGCCUCCAUCACCCCUCCACCAUCACCCCUCCACCAUGGGGUCUGUGAAAGACCUGUGCGUGUCUAGCUUCCAGACGUUCUUGUGUCCAGCGGUGGAGGAGAUCCAGGAGGUCAAAGUGCCUGAUGACCUCUCUCCAGAGGAGCACCAGGAGCUGGAGAACAUCCGCCGGCGCAAGCAGGAGCUGCUGGAUGAUAUCCAGCGGCUGAAGAAUGAGAUAGCAGAGGUGACCAGUGAGAUAGAGAACCUUGGUUCCACAGAGGAGAAGAAAAACAUGCAGAGGAACAAGCAGGUGGCGAUGGGGCGCAAGAAGUUCAACAUGGACCCCAAGAAGGGGAUCCAGUUCCUGAAAGAGAACGACCUGCUGAAGAACACCAGCGAUGACAUCGCCCAGUUCCUCUAUAAGGGGGAGGGGCUUAACAAGACGGCCAUCGGAGACUACCUGGGGGAGAGAGACGACCUGAACCUGCAGGUCCUCCAUGACUUCGUGGAGCUCCAUGAGUUCACCGACCUCAACCUGGUGCAGGCCCUGAGACAGUUCCUGUGGAGCUUCCGUCUCCCGGGCGAGGCCCAGAAGAUCGACAGGAUGAUGGAGGCCUUCGCAGCGCGCUACUGUCAGUGCAACCCCGGGGUCUUCCAGUCCACCGACACCUGCUACAUCCUGUCGUUCGCCAUCAUCAUGCUGAACACCAGCCUCCACAACCCCAACGUGAAGGACAAGCCGGCCGUGGAGCGCUUCAUCUCCAUGAACCGGGGCAUCAACGACGGGGGGGACCUCCCAGAAGAGCUGCUCAGGAACCUGUACGACAGCAUCAAGAACGAGCCGUUCAAGAUCCCCGAGGACGACGGCAACGACCUCACACACACCUUCUUCAACCCCGACCGCGAGGGCUGGCUGCUGAAACUGGGGGGUCGUGUAAAGACCUGGAAGAGGAGGUGGUUCAUCCUCACCGACAACUGUCUGUACUACUUUGAGUACACUACGGACAAGGAGCCCCGGGGCAUCAUACCGCUGGAGAACCUGAGCAUCAGGGAGGUGGAGGACAAGAAGCCUAACUGCUUUGAGCUCUACAUCCCCGACAACAAGGACCAGGUGAUCAAGGCCUGCAAGACGGAGGCUGACGGCCGCGUCGUCGAGGGCAACCACACCUUCUACCGCAUCUCGGCCCCCACCUCAGAGGAGAUGGACGUGUGGAUGAACAGCAUCAAAGCGGCCAUCAGCAGGGACCCCUUCUACGAGAUGCUGGCCGCCCGGAAGAAGAAGGUCUCCUCCAUGAAGAGGCACUAGGGCAGGCGGCUCUCCGGGGCCCCUGGAGGGCCCUUCACAGACUAUAGGGGCCCCUGGGAGGGGGAGGCAGCGGGCCCCGCACUCCUCAUGGGGACGACCCCCCCCCCCCCCCCCCCCCCCGUGGACGUAAUAAUAAUAAGAGUCUCGGGGGGCCUCUCAGGGGCCCCAGACGGGAUCCCGCGGCUGUCGCUUCAGGUCUCCGCUUGCUACCAAAAGUAAAACAGAGAGCAUGCUGGGAAGGUUUAUUUUUUCGAUGAUUUCUGGGAAAGCCCUCUUGUGGCUUUCCCGGCGUUCCCGAUGUGUAUAUAAGUCUUAGAAUGUUUGCUUUAACUUCCCCCCCCCCCCUGCCCGCCUACUGAGCGGACAUCAAAGACACCCCCCCCCUCCUAGUGUGUGUGUGGACCCCUUAAUGGGGAACACAUGUACGCCUCGCGCUUCGAGCUCCUCAGCGGGUCUGACGAGUCGCUCCCCGACCCAAACCGGUCCCGGAAUGGAAAGCCAAACUUCACAUUUCAUUUAGUUCCCGUUAUGCUUUAAGGGACGUCGGCGUUCUGUUUCCUCAGCUUCUAACGCAGGACUCUCUCUCUCGCUCUCGCUCUCGCUCUCGUUCUUCCAGUUUUUCCGUUGUGUUCUUCCGUUGUGUUCCUCCGGUUCUUCCGUUGUGUUACUGUCUGGAGGCGGGAGUGGAGUGUGUGUCGUUUUAUACGCUUUUUUAACGUUCCUCUACGUCUUUCUGUUCGAACCAAGGUUUGUUCCUCAGGAGAUUGUUUCCGGAUUCCAGGAUCAUUCUGACCAGCUCUAUGCUCGACUAACCAGGUCUGGAGUCUGAACCUCCUUGGACUCCAGAACACACAGGCGUGAGGUUCUGCGUGGGAACACGGGAUGAUCACAGGACUCUUCCACCGCCAGGGUUGCCAGAUUUGGGCCAGAUUUCCCGCCAAAUCUGGCAACCCUGUCCGCCGGCCACAGAGAUAUCUCUGGACCUGUGAGGCCUGAGUCUUCAGGAGCCUUGAGGAGGGGCCUCACCAAGGCUCAUCGCCAGGAGAUUGUUCAGAAUUUGAGCUUGUGUCUUGUUCCAUCGUCAUGUUCAAAACGUCUUUUGGUUUCUGCCGAUGCGUCCAUCGUGCUCCUUCUCUCUCUGACCUUUGGGCCGCUCGGCUCGUGAGCAGCGGGGUAAGGAGCCGCCGGUUCGUAGCGUUGACUCGGCGUCCGUCCGUCUGGGCCUCCUCUGCAGCCCUACCGACGCCCGCUCGACGGCGCCGCUAGAGAGGAGCCUCUUCAACCUGAGACGGUCCAUGUGUCUCGCUGGGGAGCCGAAGCGCAGAGUGAAACGGAUCUCUCCCGUCGUAAUAUUCAUCCCCCGGUCGUCUUCUUCGUACCUCGGUGUCUCCGCCACGCGAGAGACCGUCGCAAACAAUUACGUUUCGGUGCAAAGUUUAUGGCCCACAUUAUGUAGUUCAGCUUAUCCACCGCUGCGGCCAAAAACGGGAACCAAUUAAAAUACUGCAAAAUACUCCGAGAGGGCAAUCACGAUCGUCCCUUCGCCGAGAGGCCCCGUCUUAGGAUAAACACACAGGGGCCCUCAUGCGAACGAUGGGCAGAACCCCCUCCUCAGUGUAAGGAGAGACCUCUGCCUUCAUCCUCGGCCUCUGUGAGGGUGGAGGAGAGUGUUUAGAGCGUCAGGCCAUGGUCUCUGGUUCUAGACUAGCCUAUAGCUAGUCAUGCUGUGUCCCCCACUAACUAGUAACUAGUCCUGUUCUCUCCCGGUCUUUCCUGCGCACUGAUCCCACCGAUACGAGACUACCCGCAAAACAAUCGUAAAUAUAGAUAGUACGGCUUUAUUUAUCAGAAGUGUAUAUACUUAAAUGUAUAGUGGGUAUUCGUCGAAAACCCUUUUUCUUCAUUUUUUUUGAUACGUGUAAUAGUCGGUAGUAGAGUGACUUUAUUUCCUCUAUCAUUUUUAUCAGUGUUUGAUUUGAGGGUUCUAUCAUUGCCAUGUAAUAAAGCUCAAAUAAAAGACAAAGGUGUAGUGUGUACUUGUGAACGUCCGUUGAACAAACAUUCAUUCUCGGUUGAAAUCAAUAUUACGAAGAAAGUGUAUGUCAUUUAAGCAUUAUAUCAUAUCGCCCCAGCAGAGGGGGCUGUGUCCCAGGUCUCACCGCUCACUUCCUUCUGUGACGGCCGGAUGAUGUCACCGGUAACCGUAAUUUGAUGUGAUUUAGAAAACGGCCAAUGCAUUAAUUAUACCUGGACUUCCUUGUUGUUCAACUGUCACCCUGUUCUCUUACAAAGGCGUUUCCAGUCACGCUGUAGGACGGCGGUAAAGCAGGCUGUGUCUCACAAUGGACCUUGGUGUGUUAUGAAUAGCUAUCUGUUCUCUGACAGUGUAUGUUUCCCCGAGUCCUGCUUUCAGAGGAUGAAUUUCACAACUGACAUUUGGCCUGAAGUAGAAAUGCAAGUAAAUGUGCGUAUCAUGUGAAAUAAUGCCUGGAAAACAGAUCAAUAACAGAUGUAUUUCCCCAUCGCUGUCGUUUGUGAUGUGUGUUUACCGUAUUCCACAGCAAAGCGACAUGGAGGCGGAGUCCAUGCAUAUCCGAUGUUCUGCACGAACGCACAUAUCGUGACCUUUAAACAGUGGGGCGAACACUCGUAGUCGCACAACACAUGCACACACAACAACACAGGCAACAAGACACGCACACGCAACAACACACACACCCGCAUCCACACACGCACAUGCAACAACACACGCACACGCAACCACACACGCACACGCAACAACACAUGCACACGCACCUACAACACAGCACACGCAACAACACACGCGCACACAGUCACGCACAUCAAACACCUUUCUCGCUUUGAGCUGGCGACGCUAAGAUCACAAAAUGAUAUUAUUAGAUACAUUAUUAUUAUUAAAAAACAUUUGUCAUUUCUGGAGGAAAGGGAAUUAAAACACCUCUCAGCCAUGCGUAGGCUUCAAAGGACCCCAUCAGGGUGAUGACCAGCGGGUCUCGGAGCGUGAUAGAUAGAUCAGAGACUUUAUUGUCAUUGCACAUGUCACAAGUACAGACAAACGAAAUGACCAGUUACAUCCCGUCCAAGAAACAUAAAAGGACAGUGUUGGGAGACAGGACGGAGACUGUCGGGGCACAUAAGCCCCCUCAUUAUUAGAUAUAAAAGGGAAAACAAGAGGGAAAAAAGGUAAUUCCCAAUAGGCUCCUCUAAGGGGGGCACAGUGUAGGGAUUAGGAAAAAAACACCUCAGGACAUAAGCAACAUAU